AUGGCCGCCGACAAACCCAACUGCAAGGUGAUUCUUGCGAACAACAUCGCGAAGGGGCUACUUGGGGAAAUCCAGGAGGGCCUCAAGACAGUGGACCGCAAGCCACUUCUUGUAGGCUUCCUCUCCAGCACCGAUCCCGCCGCGAGGGUGUACGCAGAAUGGACAGGCAAAACGUGCAGUGAAAAUGGCUUUGCUUAUGAGCUACGCGAAGUCGACCGCGAGGAACUCGAAGACGCGCUCAUCGACGCGAACAACGACUCCAAGGUCGACGGUAUCAUGGUCUAUUACCCAAUCUUUGGCAACCGGCAAGACCAGUACCUACAGCAGAUUGUCUCUGCCAACAAGGAUGUCGAGGGUCUGUCCCACCAGUACAUCUUCAACAUGUACCAGAAUAUCCGCUUCCUCGAUCCCGCCGGCACCAAGAAGAGCAUCCUUCCGUGCACGCCCCUCGCCGUCAUCAAGAUCCUUGAAUACCUGAGGAUAUACAACACCAUUCUGUCGUACGGAAACAGACUGCAUGGGCGCACCAUCACCGUUAUCAACCGAAGUGAGGUUGUGGGUCGGCCUUUGGCGGCUCUGCUGGCCAACGACGGUGCAACUGUAUACAGUGUGGACAUUGCCGAUGUGCAAGAGUUCACGCGAGGUGAGGGCAUCAGGAAGAAGAAGCAUGAUGUUGUCGAGAAGCCUGGCUGGGAGCUCAAGGACUGCCUUCCCAUCAGUGAUGUGGUCAUCAGCGGUGUACCUGGAGAUAAGUACAAGGUGCCGGCGCACCUCCUCAAGGACGGCGCUGUGUGCAUCAACUUCUCGAGUGAGCGCAACUUCAACCCGGAUGUGAAAGAAAAGGCUUCCAUUUACGUACCUGCCAUUGGCAAGGUUACUAUCGCGGUAUUGCUGCGAAACCUGCUUCGUCUUGCGCAAAACAAACAUGAGGCAGCUUCUCAAGCUACGCAGUCCGUGGACGAAGAGAAGAAGCCCGCCGAAGAGAGCGCUAUCCCUGUGUUGGCCUCGUGA